CGCGUGACGAUUUAUUACUCGGGACGAAUCGACAAGUAAUUUCAGUACAUUUUCAUACCGCUAAUAGGUACUACCUAUAUCUACAUACCUAUACCUGCUACGAGAAUUCAGAGUGUGAUCACGUUUUACAUAUAAAUAGUGCCAACCUUCUAAUUGAAUACAGCUGCAGUGGAGAUUUUUAUUUUUAUACACUUGAUGAAGUCCGUUUGAUACUAAAAAAAUCGUGCGGUGACACAAGACGCCAUCGUAAUCUGACGACCCAGAAAAUAGAUUUGUAAAAUACGAACACGAUUAUUCUAAUAAUUCUAUUCCACUUGGACGGUAUAAUAGAUAAUAAUAUUAUGGAAAUGAACGCUAUCAACGAUUGCGUGAAGAACUACUUGUCUCACGGCGGUGGUGGCAUCAAAGGCUAUGGUGGGUGGACGAUCAGCACUGGGUCUGAAACAGUGGCCGGUCGUGGCGUCGUGGCCACCCGAGACUACAACGUGGGUGAUGUGAUAUUCAUGGACGUCCCACUGAUCGUUUCGCCGAGAGCGAUGGGCACGGACGGAACCGGAAGCCAGCCGGUGUGUGCAGUGUGCUACGCUGUAAUGACGACGCCAACCGGAUGUCCGGGUGGUUGUCGGUUGCCGGUGUGUGGACGCCAGUGUGCCGAUCGUCCCGAACACCGGGAAGAGUGUCGGUACGUCCGGCAGUUACGCCCGAAAACCAAAAGCGAUGGCCAGACGUGGUCGGUGGGCAUUUACAAUGCGAUCACGGCCGUCCGGGGCCUAUCAAUCAGGGAUGGCAAGUACAGGUACUUCCUCGACGUGUUGCAAAAGAAAUCGACGGACAAACUCAUGUUUGAGGUAGAAGAACUAAAAAGAAACAUAAGUAUGGAAUUAGACACGAACGAUGAACAAAUAAUGGUAACUACUUGUAAAAUAAUGGAUGCUAAUUGUUUUGAAACAAUAGUAAAUCGUUCCAAUAAAUUAAUAAGUUUGAAAGGUCUGUACCCUGUAGCAGCAUUUAUGAAUCAUUGUUGUGUUCCAAACACAAUGCAUAACUUUAAUGAAAAACUUCAAAUGAUCGCAAAAGCUUCCUUACCGAUAUAUAAAGGACAGGAAAUUACUACUAGUUACACGUAUUCAAUUUGGCCUACUUCACUACGACAGAAUCACUUGUUGACGUCAAAACAAUUUAUUUGCACCUGUAGUAGAUGUUGUGACACAGAAGAAUUUGGAACUAAAUUAGCAGCACUAAAUUGUAUAGUUAAAAAUUGCGACGGUCGAAUUUUACCAAUCAAUCCAUUAGAUAAGAAGUCGAUUUGGCAAUGCAAAAUGUGCACAAAAUUAGUAUCGAGUACAGAAAUGAUAUGUUUCUAUAAAGAUGUCGAGACUUUAAUGAAAAGCAUAAGUGUAUUCUGUCCAAAAAGCUUUGAAGCAAUUUUAAAGUCAUUUAAUAUUCAUAAAGACAGCCCAUUUGUAAUUGAUUUAAGAUUGAAAUUUAUUUGGAAGUCGAAAAACCACAGUUUGAAUCUUGAGCAAUUGCUUUAUAAAGAAAAAUUGUGUAUGGAAAUGUUGGAUUUAGUACAAAAACUAAGAUUAGGUCAAUGUCGAUUAGUAGGUUUAAUAUCUCUAGAACUUCUGAAGGUGAUCAGAGAAAAAGCUUAUCGUUUCCGGCAGAAUUGGAACACAAAAACAUUGAAUGUCUUCGAAGGACAAAUAAGUAAACUGAAACAAAUAUAUACUAGUGUUUUGGACGAAGAUGCAAACUUGGACAACAAUAAUAUUCAAUAAUUUUACUAUUUGAAUAUAGUUAUUGGCAAUAUUGAAUCUAAAACGUCUUGAGUAGAUUUUUAUGUUAUAAUAAUAAUACAUACAUUGUUAUACAUCUUUAAUUAAUAAUUAACAUUGUUUUAAAUUUGUAAUACAGUUUCCUUAGGUAGGUACCUCUAUCUAUAUUUUGUUUAAACUUUCAUCUGUCAAGUGUCAGCCAUAAAAUAUAAUAUUUUGCAGCCUGCAGGCCUCAUCCAUAAUAUAUGAUACAUUUAUAAUUUAUGUACCAACCUAUACCUAGGUACACUAGGUACAGUCUUGUAAAAGAUACUUUUAAAAUUGUAUUUGAAAUACAGAUACAAAUACAUCCAUUCAGAAAGUAUUUCAAAUACAUUUCAAAUACUUUUAAGAAAAAGUAUUUAAGAACAAAAUAUAAAUACUUGCCAUGUAUUUAAAUACUUUUCAAAUAAUUUUUUUAUUUACUUUUCCACUAGUUAGUUUGCUAAAUUAAUUUUGUAAUUACUAAUUUAAAAUUGUCAUGAUACAUUCAUCUAGGUAUUACUAGAACUUUUUGUACCACUUUAAAUUGUAUACUGAAAAAUGAAAAUAAACAAAACUUGUUAUAUUAUAAAAAUUUUUUAAUAAUAGGUACCUAAUUAAACAGUUCUUAAUGAAAUAUAAAUGAUGUGGAUAUACAGAGCUAGGGGACAGGAGUUCUCAACAAUUAUGAAAGAAAAAUAUUUUUAUAAUUUAUAAAUAAAAUAGUAUAAUAAUUUUCAAAAAAAAAAAAAAAGUGACGACCGACGAAUAAUUUCUUCGAAUUUUCAAAAGUAUUUGAUUUUCAAAUACAAAUACGUCUAAGACAGUAUUUAAAAUACUUUCCAAAUACUUAAACCAAAAAGUAUUUAAAAAGUAUUCUAAAUAAUAUAAAAGUAUUUAAAUACAUGUACUCAAAUACUUUUACUCAAAUACUUUACAAGACUGCCUAGGUAUUAUGCUAGCCAUAAUGCUAUGCAGGUUAACAUAAUAUACUGUUAAAGGUAAGUAGGUAACUACCUACCAAUGUAUUAUUUAUAGUCAUAUGACAUAUGCAUGUACGAUAUACAGCCAAACAGAUUACUUACCGCAAUUUCCGGGUGGCGGGCAGGGUGACGCCUUGCUUAAAGGACACUAUGAGAUUAAUUUUGGGCAGUGUUUGGAAGGAACGGAUUCCUGGAACGAAUUUAUUUUUAAAAAACGGAACGUUGAACAAAUUCUUUUUUAUACAAAUGAACGAGUUCUUUUUUUCAAGUAAAAAUAACAAUAUAUUUUCCGUUCCUUUCUAGUUCCAAUAAUUUACAUAGAUAUCAGAUAUGUAAAUAAUUGAAAUUAAGAUCUAUAUUUUUCAAUGUGUAUAAUGUAUAUUUCCAAUUAGUGAUCGUUAUCGAGUAUCGACGUUAAUCGUUACUCAUUAGUCAUUAAUCACUUUAUUAAUAUUUCUCAUAUGUUAUAAUUCAUAUAGAAAUGAGUAGGUACCCAUAUAAAAUAUAAUUAUUUUUAACAAUAAACGAUAAGACAGUCGACAUACGUCAGCCAACAAUUUAAUUUUGAAGAAAAUCUCAAAAUAGAAUUAUAAGAUAUAUAUACUUACUUGUAGGUAUAUUUUAUAAUUAAAAAUUAAAGAACUAUAUGCAUAUGAAAAAAAAACAUUAAUGAUUAAAUACGAAUUUUUAUUUUAUUUGGAACUAAAAAAGGAACUCGUUCGUUUACCAAAGGAACGAAGUCUUUUUUUUUAAUGAAAAUGAAUGGAACGAAUUCCUUUUUUCAGGAACUUGCCAAACACUAAUUUUGGGGCACAAUUUCUAGCACUUUAAAUGAAGUAAAAUAGUCCUAAAAAUCUAAAAAAAAACCACAACAAUUAUUGUA